AACAGAAGUAAACUUGGCAAUGAUGUGUAUAAAAUGACAGAAGUAACGCAUUUUUAAGCAGUUUUACCAAAACACUUGUCUUGUCAUUGUAAAAGUAGAAAAGCCAGCAAAAUGGCAGAAAAAUCCGAAGUUUCCGGUGGAAUCCUAACAAAUUUGGUGUCAGAGGUGGUUCAAAGUCCUAUGAACCUCGCCCUGGUCGUCCUGAUUGUAGUGCUUGUGUAUAAAAUUUUGAAAAACCGUCAAACAUCCAAUGCAGAAGCUGCACCCCAAGAAGUGCUGCCGCCGAAAAUGAAAAAGCAGGACUUUACGGUGGCGGAACUGAAGAAAUACGACGGAAAUCAGGAGGACGGAAGAGUAUUGGUAGCGGUAAAUGGGAAUGUGUACGACGUGACCAAAGGCAAAAAGUUUUACGGCCCAGGCGGUCCUUAUGCGGCUUUUGGUGGCAAAGAUGCUUCAAGAGGUCUGGCCACAUUCCAGGUUUCAGCAAAAGAAGAAGAGUAUGAUGACCUCAGCGACCUCAACAGCUUCGAAAUGGAAUCAGUAAGGGAAUGGGAAAUGCAGUUUAAAGAAAAGUACGAGCUGGUGGGUAAACUUCUGAAGCCCGGCGAAGCCCACAACAGCUAUUCCGAUGAAGAGGACGAGCCGACCAAUGCGGGCGACCAAAAAUCCAAAGACGAAUAGAACAUACAGUACGCAUCUCGAUAAAACAAACACAUCGCAGCCAGGCUCGCGUCGAGUACCUACUUUCUAAAAUCCCCGUCAACUUAUUUUACCACAACAAAAAUAUUCCUACACAGAGGUGCGCGCCUGGUUGCGUCCCAUAUAACACGAAAAAGUCUGAACUAGAAUUAUAUAUGUAUAUUUCAUAAAAAGAAAACACUUAAUUUUAUAUGGUAUUGUUGGCUUUUAUAGUUUUCGGUAGAAUGCAAGUUCUGGGAUACACUUUUAGCUUGGUUGUCAAAUUUAAUAUUUCCUGCGUUGCCAUGUUUAUUGUAUGGUUCAUCCAUCCAUUGAGUUUUUAAGUAACGUAAAAUAUAUGUUACGAAAAAUUAUCUUAAUUGUAUUCACGUUAUUGCUAUUGCUCGA